AGUCACCCUUUAGCACAUAGAAAGAUAUCAUAUUAGUGAUUAAUCAAACAUACAAAAGCAUAACCUAAGAUAAAUUUGUUGGAUUCGCACAAAAAUAAACCAGUAAUUGACAUAUCCGCCAUCCAAUAGAUUCUUCCAAAUUUCACAUGGUUAACUAUACGGACGAUCCAUUUCAAAUGGAUGAAGAAAUACCAGAGUAUUAUUCCGGUAAUGAUGUAUCUCCAAGAAGCAAGUCCCCUUCGUAUAUCCCAGAACUGAAGGCCUCAUCCCAGAAUAGCCUAUUGCAAGAGAUUACUCCGCGAUAUUCAGAAAUUCUUAAUCAUAAAUUGCAACAGGAUAACAACUUGAUACGAUCACGGAUCGAACAGUUAAAAAUGGAAGAAGAAGGGGUUAAUACUACCACUACAGAAGAAGAAGAGGAUGCUCCGAAGUAUGAAGAGGAUAUAGACGACAAACUUGAUGUCAAUCUUCAAAAGAAGUUACAGCUCGAGUAUGAGAAAACUAUGGACAUGGACCAACCAUUAACUCCACCAGAAAACUUUGCUCCUAUUAUAAAUACGAUCUAUCGAAGUUCGUUUCCACAGCCCAACAAUUUUUCAUUCAUAAAAACGUUAAAGUUAAAAUCGAUACUAUGUUUGAUUCCAGAGGAGUAUCCUCAGUUACACACAGAGUUCCUAUCCCAUGAAAACAUCAAAUUAUUCCAACUCGGAAUGUCAGGGAACAAAGAACCAUUUGUGAAAAUAUCAUCCGACUUAAUCACAGAAGCCAUUCGCAUAGUACUCAACCCGGAAAAUCAACCCAUUCUCAUCCAUUGUAACCGAGGAAAACAUCGUACUGGGUGUCUAGUUGGUGUCAUACGAAGAUUACAAAACUGGUCUCUUACAAUCAUAUUUGACGAGUAUAGGAAAUUCGCUGCUCCCAAGGAAAGACCAAUGGAUCAACAAUUUAUUGAACUAUAUGAUGAUACAGAAGCAAUCAAAUAUUGCCAACAAUACAACCUUCUCCCGUUGAAAUGGGAUAACUAAAGUUUAUAGAAAAUCUAUUGCAAAGGACCUUCCUUUGACCAAAAGAAUUUACGUCCGUAUAUGGAACUGUUUCCAAGUGCUAAUAUGCUUAAAGCCGCUGGGCUUACUUUACCUCUAAAUAUACUCUUGAUACUGGCACCUCCAUUGACUAUCAAGUAAAGGGUUGACCAGGCGAAAUUGAACCCAGCACCAUUGACUGGUUCUCCGUCGUACAUUAUCCAUGCACCUAACAAAUUAGCAGCUCCGAAUCCCAAACAUGAUACUCUGGUAGGCUUAAUAACUGCUGUCUUUACUUUCACUCCUCCUCCUCCAGAGCCAGAUACAGUAUGGGUUACAGCAGGAAAUGCUCCUUUUAGAAGUAACAGACCUCCAAAUACUAAUGCAGGGAUAGGAGUUGAUGACCAUUGGUCAACUGUAUCAAUGAUUGAUUGUGGAUUAGACAUUGCCUUCUGUAGUCAAGU